GACGUUUCCUUCCGAGCGCUGAUGAGCUUGCAAUAUUUUGAACACGGAUUCUGCCGACUCGCAAGACCAUUGGUGUUCGGAACGUUUUUGUGAACAAAUCUGUACUUUAAAGGUUCAUUUUGUUGAAUUUCACCAUCGAUAUUCAACAAAAUGACAGCAUCCUCCAAGAUGGAUGUGGAUCCGCCCCGUGGGGAAGGAUUCCGAUCGUACUACAUCCAAAAGAUCGAAGAGCUACAGCUGAUAGUGGCCGAGAAGAGCCAGAAUCUGCGUCGCUUGCAAGCCCAACGAAAUGAGCUGAACGCUAAGGUUCGCAUGUUGCGGGAGGAACUCCAACUGCUUCAGGAACAGGGCAGUUACGUCGGUGAGGUGGUGAAACCGAUGGACAAAAAGAAGGUUUUGGUCAAAGUCCAUCCGGAGGGUAAAUUCGUAGUGGACAUUGACAAGAACAUCGACAUCAAUGACGUGACCCCGAACUGCCGCGUAGCUCUGAGAAACGAAAGCUACACCUUGCACAAGAUUCUGCCUAACAAGGUCGACCCCUUGGUUUCGUUGAUGAUGGUGGAAAAAGUUCCAGACUCCACCUAUGAGAUGGUCGGUGGUUUGGACAAACAGAUAAAGGAAAUCAAGGAAGUCAUCGAACUUCCGGUCAAGCAUCCGGAACUGUUCGAUGCUCUGGGUAUUGCUCAACCCAAAGGUGUUCUGCUGUAUGGACCACCGGGUACCGGUAAAACUUUGCUGGCUCGAGCUGUCGCUCACCAUACCGAAUGCACUUUCAUUCGUGUUUCGGGGUCCGAGUUGGUUCAGAAAUUCAUCGGUGAAGGUUCCAGGAUGGUUCGAGAGCUUUUCGUGAUGGCAAGAGAGCACGCUCCAUCAAUUAUCUUCAUGGACGAAAUUGAUUCGAUCGGUUCAUCGCGUAUCGAAAGUGGAAGUGGUGGUGAUUCCGAAGUCCAGAGAACUAUGUUGGAACUGUUGAACCAGUUGGACGGUUUCGAAGCGACCAAGAACAUCAAGGUCAUUAUGGCCACCAACCGUAUCGACAUUCUGGAUCCUGCCUUGCUCCGUCCGGGUCGUAUCGAUCGUAAGAUUGAAUUCCCCCCACCAAACGAGGAAGCUCGGUUGGACAUUCUCAAGAUUCACUCACGCAAGAUGAACCUUACGCGUGGAAUCAAUCUGCGCAAGAUCGCCGAAUUGAUGCCGGGAGCUUCCGGGGCCGAGGUGAAGGGCGUGUGCACCGAAGCCGGAAUGUACGCGUUGCGUGAACGUCGCGUCCACGUGACACAGGAGGACUUCGAGAUGGCCGUCGCCAAGGUCAUGCAGAAGGAUUCCGAGAAGAACAUGUCGAUCAAGAAACUUUGGAAGUAAACGGAUGGGAAAUUAUAUGCUUGUUUCUGCUAUUGGUACUUUUUUCAAUCAAGCGCCCUUUGAAUGUAGGAAUAUAUAAUCGGAAAAUAAAAACUGGAUAACUUAA